AUGGCUCGCUUCGUCACCGCCGUCGUCGCCAUGACGGCCGGCCUCGCGGCGGCCACCUGCGCCCACCGGGUGCCAAGCGUCGACGUGCCGGCGUGCCCGCGCGUCGGGUCCAUCACGUACUCCAAGACGGUGCCGGACCAGAAGCCGUUCCCGCGCACGCAGGUCGACCUGUGCUACUCGGCGGAGCACCUGCAGAUCGGCUUCACGGCGUACGACGAGGUCAACUUCUACUUCAACGCGUCGCAGGGCACCAACGGCGACAUCUGGCAGUACGAGGUGAUGGAGGCCUUCGUCUACAAGGGCACCGACGACCCGCAGACGUACCUCGAGUUCGAGGUCAACCCCAACAACGUCACGUACCAGGCGUUUGUGUACAACCCGUCCAAGGUGCGCGCCGAGGGCGCCCCCUUUGACCACCUGUUCGUCAGCGACCCGGCCGCCGACGGCUUCAGCGCCACGACCAAGCUCGACAAGCCGCGCAAGUACUGGCGCAGCGACGUCAAGAUCCCGCUCGGCCUCUUCAACGUCGACAAGGGCAAGGCGCGCGGCACCCGGUGGAGGAUGAACUUUUUCCGCACCGUCACCAGCCCGCAGACGUAUCCCGACCAGGAGCUCGGCGCCUGGAGCUCGCCCAACAAGGCCAGCUUCCACAUUACGCCCUACUUUGGGAAUGUGCGCUUUGUGUAG